AUGAACAAACUGAACUUCCACAAUAACAGAGUCAUGCAGGACCGACGCAGCGUGUGUGUUUUCCUCCCCAACGACCAUUCCCUCAACAUCAUCAUAAACGUGAGUGGGCCGUCUCAAGGCUGCCUCUUUCUUGCCAUUCCCCAGGGGCCUGUCACAAGUACCGUAUUUUUCGCUCUAUAGGACGCACCGGACCAUAGGAGGGGGAGAACAGGAAAAAAAGAUUCUCCCCCUCUCUGCUCAGCUUCCCUUCAGCGAAGCAGUAGAAGAAACGGAGCCCCUUCCAUUUCUCCUCCCGCUUCACUGAAGGGGUGCUGCGCAGAGAGGGAAAACUCUGAAGCGCCUCUCCAGCGAAGCGAAGCCUGGAGAGCAAGAGGGAUCAGUGUCCCCUGACCCCUCUCGCUCUCCAGGCUUCAGGCGGCUAUCCGCAAGCCUUUGGAGUGCUGUGGGAACUCCUGCUGUGCUCCGAAGGCUUGCGGAUAGCUGCCUGAAGCCCCUGGAGCGCAGUGGGCGUUCCCUGAGCUCCGGGGGCUUCAGGCAGCUUCAGUGAAAGCAACGCGAAACCUCCGGAACGCGGGGGGAGCUCCCCCUCUGCGCUUCGGAGGCUUUGCGUUGCUAUCGCUGAAGCCAAGGAGCCUUCAUUCGCUCCAUAGGACGCACACACAUUUCCCCUUCAUUUUUGGAGGGGGAAAAGUGCAUCCUAUAGAGCGAAAAAUACGGUAUGUGCCCCCCAACUUUUCCUUCCCCCUUUCUGAGACCUGGGUGAAGUAGACCUUGCUCAAGCACUGUCUUGGUGCAUGGGGGGGCAUAACCCCCCCAGGUCCAACUGUCUAGAGCAAGGUGGGCUAUACUGGCAGGUCUCUGGGAAGGGGGGAAAUUUGCAGAGUUGCCCUGGGCUUUGAAAGCUAGGUGUGUUUGCAGGGGCCACCCUAUUCCUGGGGCUGCAAUCUGUUUUAACUGCUUUUAAUUCUGAAUUUUGAAUAGCUCUGGGACCUGAUGGUGAAGGGCAGGUAAUAAAACUGCCUUCGUCGUCAUUAGUCAUCUCCCCCCCCCCCCAAAAAAAAUUUGAACUCGAAGCAAUUUAUAAAAGCAAAGGUGAUAAAUAAAUAUAAAAGCAGGAAUAAAAUCAACCUAAAAUAACAGUAACAUACAGUGGUACCUUGGUUCUCAAACUUAAUCCAUUCCGGAGGUCUGCUCCAAAACCAAAGCGUUCCAAAACCAAGGCGCGCUUUCCCAUAGAAAGGAAUGCAAAAUGGAUUCAUCCGUUCCAGACUUUUAAAAACAAACCCUAAAACAGCAAUUUAACGUGAAUUUUACUACCUAACGAGACCAUUGAUCCAUAAAAUAAAAGCAAUAAACAAUGUACUGCAGUCACACAAUCAAUCAAUCAAUCAAUCAAUCAGUAUCUGAACUGGGUUCCACACAGUCACAAAACCAAAACCAAAAGAGCCGCAGAAACGAAAACGCAAAACGAAUAGCAUAAACAGACAGACCUCCAGCACAACACUCAAAUCGGAAGCGUAACACUCAAAACGGAGCACGUUCGGCUUCUGAAAAAGUUUGCAAACCGGAAAACACUUACUUCCGGGUUUGCAGUGUUUGGGUUCCAAGUUGUUUGAGUACCAAGGCGUUUGAGAACCAAGGUACCAGUUUACAUAAAAGAACAAACCCAAAUCCCCCCCCCCCCCAAAAUACACCAAGAAUUAAACUCCAAGGGCUUGGGUGUGUAAGCAUGUUUUUCCCUGAUGCAUAAAAGCAGAUAGUGAGGGAUCCAGGCAUGCCUUCCUGGAGACAAGCAGUCCAUAAAUGGGGAGCCACCACUGAGAAGACCCUUUCUCAUGUUGCCACCUUCAGUUCCUCCCUCAGAGGGGCCACGUGGAAGGGACUCUGGUGAAGAGCAUGGGGUCCAGGUUGGUUCACGUGGGUUGAGGGUGUCCUUGAAAUAUUGUGGUCCCCAGCUGCAUAAGGCUUUCUGGGUAAAAACCUGCUGUUUGCAUUGGGCCCAGAAGCAGCCAGAACACCUGUGCCAAAACUGGUGUUACUCAGCAAUCUAGCCGCUGAAUUCUCCACCAGCUGCAGUUUCCGAACCGCCUUUGAAGGCAGCCCCACCUAUAACACAUUGCAGUAGUCUAACUUAGAGACCAUAGAUGACGGAUGUUAGGUUACCCCUGGCCAGUACACAAGCAAAGAUUCUCUUACUCUUGGUAGUUUAAUUACAGCAACACUAAAUGACUCUCCCCAGCCUGAAUUAUUAGGCUGCCAAAAUGAAGAGCUGACAGUUUAAAAGGCCUGUCUCUCUCAGCCCUUUCCUGGCUGGCUUCCGCAAUAGCCAGCCUUCUAAAUUUUAUCCAGAACAGUUUUGCUCCUGUCCCUUCUUUCAUGGGGUUUGGACCUGUGACCAGGGCCGGAUUUAGGUUUGAUGAGGCCCUAAGCUACUGAAGGUAAUGGGGCCCUUUAUAUGUCCAGCUGUCCUUUGUCAACAACAAAUUGUCGCUGUUUUUGUGUUGAAUAUAUGCUAUAUGAUCAUUUAAGGACCUGAUGGGUAUCUCAAGCCAUUUGCACAUGUUGCCGUGCAACCAGUUCAUGCAGAAUGUAGGCACCCUAUAUAUAGAAAGGAGCAAACCAGUGAUAUUUGAGGGAGCAGGCUAGCAGGCGGGGCCCAUGACUUACAUCACAGGAGCCUACACAACACAAAACACUGUAUGUAGGUUUUAUUUUAUUUGUUCUUUAUCUUAUAUUUUGGAAAUGUACAUCCAGGUUUUUUUCCCCUUUACAUUUUUUUGGGGGCCCCCAAGAAAGUGGGGCCCUAAGCUAUAGCUUGUUUAGCUUAUACGUAAAUCUGGCACUGGCUGUGACCCAGAGAGGCCUGCGCUGUUCAUGCUUGAAAAGAAGGAAAAGUUACAAUUUUCACCCAUUAUAUCCUUGCUGCUCACCCAAAAGCUCUUUAUCUUGGCUGUGUGACUAGAACCUCCUUUUGGAAAUGACAGGCGUUAAAUUUAAAGGAUCGCUGCAUUGCAUGCCCACCUCUCUACCAAAUUUCUCUCCCCUGGCAGUUUGAUGUCCUAUUUAGAAGUUCCCAAGCGAUGAUCCUUUAGAGCUUUUGCCUUCCCUUUGUUUCUCUGAUGGGGCCGUUUUUCCCACUGCACCCCUUCUUCUUGUCUUACAUGCAACAUUUUUAGAGAGUUGCUUAUGCGGCUGUUUUGAAUUCUUCAAUUAUUAAGUCUCUGGCUUGGUGCCUUCUUGGCGAAGCGAGGGGACCCUCAAAGCAUCCAGAGCCUUGCUGGAAAUUAGAAUAUUUUUUGCAGCGGAUCUGCAAGUUUUAUUUGCACGCCGUCUCCGUAAUUGCCGCAAAAUGGGCAGAAGCCGAGGCCUGACGACCGUGAGCAAAUAACGGUCUCUCUAGACGUUUGGAACGGCUUUCUACCUACCAUGCUUCAAGCUUCCAAACAGAGCUGUUGAAAUCGCAAUGGGUUAAGCAAAAUGGAAGCCCUCUUGGGUCCGAUGGAUCUUGCAGUUUCCCCCCUUCUCAGUUAACUGCCUGGAAACGAUAUUUGAGAUUUUAGUGGUUCUAGUCUGCAAUCAUUAUUUUCAUUCUUGUUUUUGAUGGCUUUGGAAUGGAGAAUGGCAUUGUGGCUCUGUGGAGCUCUGCGACAUUUCCCUUAACCAUGGUUAAUAAUAAUAAUAAUUUAUUAUUUGUACCCCACCCGUCUGGCUGAGUUUCCCCAGCUACUCUAGGCGGCUUCUAACAAAGAUUAAAACUACAUUAAAAUGUCACACAUUAAAAACUUCCCUGAACAGGGCUGCCUUCAGAUGUCUUCUAAAUGUGAGGUAGUUGUUUAUCUCUUUGACAUCUGAUGGGAGGGCGUUCCACAGGGCGGGUGCCACCACCAAGAAGGCCCCAUGCCUGGUUCCCUAUAGCUUUGCUUCUCACAAUGAGGGGAACCACCAGAAGGCCCUCGGAGCUGGACCUCAGUGUCCGGGUAGAACAAUGGGGGUGGAAACGCUCCUUCAGGUACACUGGGCCAAGGCUGCUUAGGACUUGAAAGGUCAGCACCAACACUUUGAAUUGUGCCCGGAAACAUCCUGGGAGCCAAUGUAGAUCUUUCAGGACCGGUGUUAUGUGAUCUCGGCGGCCGCUUCCAGUCACUAGUCUAGCUGCCGCGUUCUGGAUUAGUUGUAGUUUCCGGGUCACCUUCAAAGGUAGCCCCACGUAGAGCGCAUUGCAGUGGUCCAAGUCAGAGAUAACUAGAGCAUGCACCACUCCAUCGAGACAGUCUGCGGGCAGGGAGGGUCUCAGCCUGUGCACCAGAUGGAGCUGGUAGACACAGAAUUGACCUGCGCCUCCAUGGACAGCUGUGAGUCCAAAAUAACUCCCAGGCUGCGCACCUGGUCCUUCAGGGGCACAGUUACCCUGUUCAGGACCAGGGAGUACUCCAUACCCUCCCACCCCCUGUCCCCACAAACAGUCUUCUCCCUCUGACCAUCAAUCCUCUGGCUCUGAGCCCUUGGAGCUUGAUCCAUAUGUGCUCUGCGUGCAAACGUUUCCAGGUUCAAUCCCCAUUAUCUCCAGAAACCCUGCCUAAAAUCCUGGGUAGCUGCUGUUAAUUUCAUGAUUAACGCUCCACUUGGCAGCGGACCCAGGGAUCCUCAGGAACCUCCAGAUGUUUUUGGAGUACAACUUCCAUCAUCCCUCACCCUUGGCCACACUGCUGGCGGGUGAUGGGAAUUCUUAUUACUUAACUUGCGGAUAGAAAAGGUUUCUUGUUCUCAUCUAACUAAGUAGCCUAGAGAAGAGCAAGGCAGCCGCGCUUGCCCCUUGGUUCUUUCAGAGGAUAGUAAAAAAAAAUUAUUAUUUAUACCCUGCCCAUCUGGCUGACCCCUCGUCUCUGAAAGAGUAACGCGAGGAAGAAGUUAUAAACAGGAUGCAACCAAAGGUGUAGCCCUCUAAACAACAAGGGGGGAGACAAAGAAGUUAGCAUAGAGAUAAAGGUUCAGGGAUGGUCUGGGAAUCUUGCCCAUGCAAAGCCGUGAUUUGGCCACAGUGAUCCACACAACGGUCACCUCCAGGCUUGAUUAUUGUAACUCGCUCUAUGCAGGGCUGCCCUUGAAGCUGACCCAGAAACUCCAGUGGGUGCAGAAUGCUGCAGCAAGUCUCCUUAUGGGGUCCUCACCGUGGGAUCACAUUCAUCCAGUGCUUUACCAACUACACUGGCUCCUGGUGGAGUGCAGGGUCAGGUUUAAAGUGCUGGUUUUGACCUUCAAAGCCCUAUACGGCCUAGGGCCCUCGUACCUACGGGACCGCCUCUCCUGGUAUGCCCCGCUGAGGACCUUAAGGCCCACAAAUGACAACAUUUUGGAGGUCCCAAGUUGCAAGGUGGUUAGAUUGGUCUCAACUAGGACCAGGGCUUUUUUAGCACUGGCCCCAAAUUGGUGGAACGCUCUGUCUCAAGAGACCAGGGCCCUGCGGGACUUGACAUCUUUCUGCAGGGCCCGCAAGACAGAGCUGUUCUGCCUGGCCUUUGGUUUGGACUCAGUCUGACCCUUAUGUUUCCCUCCCCUUUUGGUUUUGAUCUAUGGGCUACUAUUAAAAUGAGGCUGCAUUUUAAAUUGUAUUUUUAACCUGUAUAUUAAAUUGUGUUUUUCCCCCUUCCCUAUUAUGUUUUUAUUGUAAUUUUACUGGUGUUAGCCACCCUGAGCCCGGCUCUGGCCGGGGAGGGUGGGGUAUAAAUAAAAAUUUAUUAUUAUUAUUCUGAAAGUUCAGUUGCACCCAUGCGUCUUACAAUUAUAAAACUGCUUUUACAUGCUGCAUUACGUCUUGUGUUCUUUGCUGUUUGCUGCCUGGGUGUUCUCCGAACGCUGGACGUCUUAUAAAUCCUGAAAUAAAUAAAUGGGUCUUCCUGUAUCAUCCCUGCAGAAGUCGCUCCCCAAAUAACUGCCUUUUCCUCCACCACCCUCUCCCCCUUGUAGGUCAAAAUAUUGUGCCAUGAGUUACUGGUCCAGGUGUGUGACCUCUUGCGGCUAAAGGACUGUCACCUCUUCGGACUCAGCGUCAUUCAGAGUAAGUCCCGAGAGGAGAGUUUGGCUUCUUUCCACUCUCUGCACCUCUGCCAUGCUGCUCAGUGACCUUCAGCUAGACCCGUUGCUGCUCCCUCGCUCAGUGAGCACUCAGCACAACAUUUGCAGCGCAGCGCAGCAGAUUGCAGCUACAACAAAGGCGGCAUUUUUCAAUCUCCGCCAAGCUGUGCAGUUGGCUCCUUAUCUCUCUCGCCCUGACCUAGCCACUGUGAUCCACGCGACGGUCACCUCCAGACUGGAUUAUUGUAACUCGCUCUACGUGGGGCUGCCCUUGAGACUGACCCAGAAACUCCAGCGGGUGCAGAAUGCUGCAGCGAGACUCCUUAGGGGGUCUUCGCUGCAAGAUCACAUUCACCCAGUGCUAUACCAGCUGCACUGGCUCCCGGUGGAGUACAGGAUCAGGUUUAAGGUGCUGGUUUUAACCUUUAAAGCCCUAUAUGGCCUAGGACCCUCGUACCUACGGGACCGCCUCUCCUGGUAUGCCCCACAGAGAAACUUACGGUCUUCAAAUAAAAACAUCUUGAAGGUCCCAGGCCACAGAGAAGUUAGGCUGGCCUCAACUAGAGCCAGGGCUUUUCGGCCGUGGCUCCGAUCUGGUGGAACACUCUGUCACAAGAGACCAGGGCCCUGCGGGACUUGACAUCUUUCCGCAGGGCCUGCAAGACGGAGCUGUUCCACCAGGCCUUUGGCCAGGGCACAGCCUGACUCCCUCCCUCGGCAAUCUUCGCGGAGCUCUGGCCCAAUGGUUGCCAGUGGCUUGAAUUAAUUAAUUUUAUAAUGAAUGAUUUUAGAGUGUUGUUUAUGCUGUACUUUUAUACUGUUUUAUUGUUGUUAGCCGCCCUGAGCCCGGCUUCGGCUGGGGAGGGCGGGAUAUAAAUAAAAUUUUUUAUUAUUAUUAUUAUUAUUUCUGCCGCCACAGCCGAUGUGUGGAAGCGCCUCUCAGUAAAGGAUGUUGCGUGUCCCCAGGGCCACCCCAAUAACUCACACAUCACACCAAUAUUUUUGUUUAAGGUGUCUGGCAUAAUUUUGGCCACAACUUUAUUAAAAUACAAACAUGUGAGUGGUUGCACAGGCAUUGGUUGCGACUAGCUGCUCCCACCGUGGGGGACAGUCUGACAUUCCGCACGCCUGCGUAAGUCAGAAAAGGGGAAUACACUUGGGGCUAGCGACGGAGCAGGGAGCCUGCCCUCAGUCCACCCCAAAUGCAGCCAGGAGCUCUUGCAGUGGCCCCAGCCCCCUUGACAGGGUGGACAAGCAAUAGUUAGCCCCCGAUUCCUUUAACGGAAUUCCCUUGCAGCAGCAGCAGCAUUAGAGGGGCAGGCACAGCCAAUCCAUGCCCCUCAACCAACCAAACCAUAAACCAAUGCCUAACCGCAACCUUACAAGUGGUGACAAUGUGCUACACAGUAGGCAAAAACCAAAUAGCCCCAGCCAAUCAGCCAGAUGGACAAAAUUCCUACUGGGCCCCUGCCCCAAGAGUAGAGAACCCCAUGACAGGCAUAGCAAGAUCAAGCGAACAACCCUAAUUCUAGGGAGGGGGGGACGGGCAAUCCGAUGCACGGGCGAAAAGAGGAAGCCCUAGCCUCGUGCAAGGAGUUUUAGCAUUUCGGGCUGUCAAUCAAGAAAUGGCAACAUUAACUUCUUCCCAGCGACAAGGGAAGCCCAAUCAAAUCAGUGGCCAACGGUCAAUUAGCCCGCCCCACAACUUUGGAGUGUCCUGGCGGCUCCCACCGCAACAUGUGCUCUCCAUUGAAGGAAAACAUGCUUUCUCAGAUGUGGUGCGGCUGUAGAUCUGAAUCACCGCAUUUGCUAACCAUAGUUACCUCGAGCCAUGGUCCAUAGCUAUCGUUAGAAGCUGGUUUCUGGCUAAUCCUGUAGUUCAGGAACGGGGAAACGGUGGCUCUCCAGAUCUUUGUUGGACUACAGUUCCCAUCAUCCCUGGCCAUUGGCCAUGCUGCCUGGGGAUGAUGGGAGUUGCAGCCCAUAAUGGUUGGGAGUCGGCAAACCACAGUUAGCACCUGAGUGCAGUUGGAACCCUAAACCAUGGGUAGGCAAACUAAGGCCUGGGGGCUGGAUCCGGCCCAAUCGCCUUCUAAAUCUGGCCCGCAGAUGGUCCAGGAAUCAGCAUGUUUUUACAUGAGUAGAAUGUGUCCUUUUAUUUAAAAUGCAUCUCUGGGUUAUUUGUGGGGCCUGCCUGGUGUUUUUACAUGAGUAGAAUGUGUGAUUUUAUUUACCGUAUUUUUCGCUCUAUAGGAUGCACUUUUUCCUCUCCAAAAAUGAAGGGGAAAUGUGUGUGCGCCCUAUGGAGCGAAUGCAGGCUCCUUGGCUUCAGCGAUAGCAACGCGAAGCCUCCGAAGCGCAGAGGGAGCGCUCCCUCCGCGCUCCGGAGGCUUCGCGUUGCUUUCGCUGAAUUCUAUAGAGUGAGAGGGGUCGGUGCACACUGACCCCUCUGGCUCUCCAGGCUUCAGGGGUAGCCACCUGAAGCCUUUGGAGCGCAGCGCAAGUUCCCGCUGCGCUCCGCAGGCUUCAGGUUCCUUUUGCUGAAGCCAAGAGAGCAAGACUCUCCUGGCUUCAGCAGAGAGGGAGAGCUGCGCAGCUCCCCUUCAGCCAAGCAGGAGGAGAAAUGGAAGGGGCUCCGUUUCUCCUGCCGCUUCGUUGAAGGGGCGCUGAGCAGAGAGGGGGAGAAUUUUUUUUUCUUGUUCUCCCCCUCUAAAACAAGGUACGUCCUAUGGUCCGGUGUGUCCUAUAGAGCGAAAUAUACGGUAAAAUGCACCUCUUGAGUUAUUUGUGGGUUAUAGGAAUUCAUUCAUAUAUUUUUUCAAAAUACAGUCCGGCCCCCCACAAGGUCUGAGGAACAGUGGACUGGCCCCCUGCUGAAAAAGUUUGCUGACCCCUGACCUAAACCGUGACUGAUUCCUAAAGUGGAAAGGAGAGAGAGUUAGUUGCACAAGAGGGGAAGAGGAAGAAGGGAAUCUCUGGCCAUGAGAGGAGAUUGGUUAGCAUUGUACUGCAUUCAGCGUACCAGCAUCAAAUCAAAAGCACAGGAAGUUUGACGUUGGGGUAUCGCUUAAAAGGGAUGAGGCGUUUUGCAGCGCCUCUCGUGGGCAAAGGCAUCUAAUUGUCCCUGUGCCGUUUCCCAUGUUGUUUCUUAUCAGGAACAAGUAAACAUGCAAAAAAUAAUAAUCUUUUGCAGCUAAGUGUGUUUAUCUUUGUUUUAAAAUAUUUUUAUUAACUCUAUUUCUAUUUAAAAAUAUUAAAAAUAACACUGAGCAAAGAUAUACUGCAAAAGUCGACUAUAAAAUACAUUUUGAAAGCAAGUACCACAAAGAGCAGCUCAUUGGGGAAUCUGUCCCCCCCCCCAGCAGAAACUACUAAAAUGCUGCCUUUGUGAACUGCAAUACUGUGGUUCUUUUUGGCUGCGAGUGCCGAAUUGUCCCCGCUUUUUAGAGGAACGUUGGGAGAGUCCUUGCAACAGGCUCACUGUCUAAUCUCAGCUUCCCAUUUCUUCCCACGGCACAGACAACGAGCACGUCUAUAUGGAGCUGUCCCAAAAGCUCUGCAAGUACUGUCCGAAAGAGUGGAAGAAAGAAGCGAGUAAGGUAAGGACUCUGGUUUCACCUACGCUUCUGAAACCCAGUUGCCGGAAACUGCAGGAAGGGGAGAAUGAUGCUCUUGAACUCUGAUCCGGCGAGCUCUUCUUGCUUGUUCUUACGUUGCCGUAGCAUGAGCUGGCCACCGGAAGCGCCUGUGUCACCUUAUCCUCACCAGAUUUAAGCAGGAAGAACUGGCGCCUUCAUUUUAGCAACCUUUGAGAGCUCUCUGACAUCCUGGAACAAAGACACCUUUUCCCAGAGCAAAGGAGUUGUAAUUAGAAGCUUAAAUUAUCUGAAGCCAGUUUGCAGAGCUUUAAAGCAGGCAUGGCCAAACUUGGCCCUCCAGAUGUUUUGUGACUACAGUUCCCAUCAUCCCUGACCACUGGUUGUGUUAGCUAGGGAUGAUGGGAGUUGUAGUCCCAAAACAUCUGGAGGGCCAAGUUUGGCCAUGCCUGCUUUAAAACAACCAGUCAACACAGAAAGUAUCUUCUUCCCCUCUCUAAGAAAGGACGGCUGGGAGCUCUGAGCUGCUUAGCCGUUCAAAGCCCGGCUCUUUGGAAACAUAGCAUCCCGUAGCCUCAGCUGUCGAGGGCGGCUUGGUGUUGAAACUCCAGCCUACCCCUGAGACAAAUUGCCAGCAUCUCAGAAAAUUGCCUUUAAGGACCUCUGAGAGUUGGCCUCGGCCCCCGAAAGACAGCGCAGCCGCAUCCAGCUGCCGUCUCCUCCUCCAGACAGAUGGGUUUCGUGUCAAAGCAGCAAAAGGUCGGGUCUGGUUUUCUGGUAGCAGAUAACAAAAAGGGCACACAGAUCAAGACUGAACCUGAAGCUCGGGUUACCGGCAGAUCUGAAGCUCAGGUUAUACCCUCCCAGUGUAGCUGGUGGUGCAAACCGUUUUUGCAAAAAGGCAGAUCGCCCCAGGACCUUUGGGUCUCCCAUUGCUGCCGAGGUGACAAUUGCUCCUUUGCUAAAUGCAUCCCAGCAUUAACACGCUGCUCCUGCUGGGGCUCAGUAUUUUUAUGUGUGGGGGGAGAGAAGAUGUCUUCUGGAGGGGGGGUCCUUCUCCCUCCCUGCCUCAAGGCUGAUCCUUUAUUUUUGCCUUUGGUUGCAGGGUAUAGACCAGUUUGGGCCCCCCAUGAUCAUUCACUUCCGAGUCCAGUAUUACGUGGAAAACGGCCGGCUGAUCAGGUAAAGGGGAAGGGGUUUUUUUGUGAGGUUGGGGGGGAGCAGAGGAAAAUUGUUGCCAAAAGCUUUGGUGGCAAAGACCAUAUGGAAGAAAAAGUGGGCCUUAUGGUGGCCCACAAUUUAUUUACCGUAUUUUUUGCACCAUAACACUCGCUUUUUUCCUCCUAGAAAGUAAGGGGAAAUGUCUGUGCGUGUUAUGGAGCGAAUGCCUACAGGUGGCGGGGGGGGGGGGAUCUGCUGCAGUCGUGAGCAGAGGAUCCAUGGUUCCCCUUCCUUCCCUCCUCCGUGGCUCACUUUGAAACAGCAAAGCGGGAGAAGAGCCGCUGAGUGGGGAGGAGAGAGAGACAGAGAGCCUGCUUGCUUUAAAGGAGCAAAGCGGGAGAGGAGAGGAGCCGCUUACACGAGUGUAAGCGGCUCCUGUCCGGUUGGCUCCUUUGAAGCAUGCAGGCUCUCUGUCCCUCUCUCCUCCCCACUCAGCUUGCUAAAUAGCAUUAUUAGCAGCAUCCUUCUCCACACACCCCAUGCGUGCUCCUUGUCCCUUGAGUGCUUUUCCUUCCCUCCCCACUUAAAACGUGGUUACAAAGCACGGAUCCACAUGGAUCCUCAGGAUUUUUGCACUGGGUCACCCCAAAUUCACCAUCAGAUCACAAAGCAUGUCCAUGGCUACAUCUUGCACCAAAAAAAUCACGCACCCACUGUUGCCUGUGGUCGCAGUGGUGCAAAAAUGUGGUUACAAAGCAUGGAUCCACAUGGAUCCUCAGGAUUUUUGCAUUGGGCUACUCCAGACUCACUGUCAGAUCACAUGUCUGUGGCCACAGCAUGAACCACAAAAAUCAUACAUCCACUGUUUCGUUUAGAAUAUUUUUUUCUUGUUUUCCUCCUCUAAAAACUACGUGCGUGUUAUGGUCUGGUGCGUGUUAUAGAGCGAAAAAUACGGUAUUUUAAAAGCUGCUCCGUCCGAGUUCUUAUUGAUAAAACAGUUGCAUGUCAAUUGUUGUUGUUGUUUUCUUUUUAGUGUUUAUAUUAUUAAUUUGUAUGAUGUAGAUUUGUUUUUUUAAUGUCGGUUUUUGUCUUUUGUGUAUUGUUAUUUUUCGAUAUAUUUCUUGGUGUUGUUUGGAAAAUACUAAUAAAAAAUUUAUAAUAAUAAUAAUAAUUAAAAGUUUACAAGGAAGAAGCGACCAACCCCAGCGAAAGACAUCCAUGGUUUCUGCCCGUCCGUUUUCCCCCUGCCGUUCUUCGUUUACAUCCCUCUUCCUUUCUCUCCCUCUCCUUCCAGUGACCGAACUGCCCGCUACUAUUAUUACUGGCACCUGAGGAAGCAAGUCCUCCGUUCGCAGAGCCUCCUUCGCGAGGAGGCCUAUUUCCUGCUGGCAGCCUUCGCCCUGCAAGCUGACCUGGGCAACUUCAAAAGAAACAAACACUACGGGAAAUACUUUGAACCCGAAGCCUACUUCCCUGCCUGGGUAGGAACACCCUCUUCCUUAGAGCCCAGGCUCUCUCUCUCUCCCCCUCAAUCCCCUUCAUCUCUCUUCCCGGUGCCUAAACACAAGCUGCGUUGCCAUAGCUCUGAAGGCCACCCGUCCUCCGAGCCGUUCCAGACGGCAUGAGGGGUUUGUGGGCGGGUGCAUCUGUCAGCCGGAAAAUAUUCUGAGGGUGGUCGUGGGGCUUUCCAGCUUGGCUGGGAUCGAGUUGCCUUUUGCAGAAAUCUGGCGGCGCUGUCUGUUUUGGCUUUCCCCUCGGAGGAGAGUGCCAUUACCAUAGCUGUCAACUUACAGAUUUGAAAAUAAGGGACCAGCAGCCUCGAAAACAAGGGAUCAGCAGCCAAAAUAAGGGAUUUUUUGGCUCCGGUAUGUUCAACUUCUAAGCCCCUCCAAGCCAAAGGCAGAAAGCCCAGGCAGCAGCCAAACGAAGCCUCAAGCGGUGGUUCCCACAGCACAGCAACCCGGAUAAGGGGAUGCAGCAAGGAAAACCACCGUCACCUCUCCGCUGGGAAGCGCUGAGCAAAGGCGAGUCCCCAGGCAACGCAGCCGAUUUGAUCAGCACAAGGCAUGCAAGCUCCACCCCCCAGUCGUUCUUAGACUCCUUAUUGGGUGAGCAACGCAGCCAAGCAACACAGUUGGAGCCUCCCUCCUCCCUGGCCGGCAGGGAGGGAGGGAGAGGAGCUGCUUCCUUUGAAACCGGGGAAAUUUAAGGGACAUCAUCAGUAAGGGACAGCAGCGGGACACGGCGCUGGGAUAAGGGACUUUCCCGCCAAAUAAGGGACGGUUGUCAGCUAUGGCCAAUACGCCUGUUGGUUUUGGUGUUUUGUUUUUCGCCGGCUCCGUCCGCAGCGGCCAGGCUCUGAGGUGGAGCCAUAGCAGUACUUGCGACUGGAUGCCUGAACAUAGGAACCUGCCCGAGACCCUUGGUCCAUCUAGUUCAGUGCUGCCCACACUGGAUGGCAGCAGCUCAACAGGAUUUCAGGCAGGAGGCUGAGGGUGCCAUUGAGGAUUGGGUGGCUCUCUGUUCAUGCAGGUUCCUGCAUUUUAGGGGUUGGUCUAGAUGACCCUCAGGGGUCCCUUCCAGCUCUACAAUUCUAUGAUUGAACCUGCGACCUUCUGCUUGCAAAUUCUGUCUCUGGCGCUGUGGCCCUUUCUGCCCUGGCCUCCAAACUUCCUAGGGACAUGGGAAGCUGCCUCAUACCCAGUCAGACCAUGGGUCCGUCAGUGGUUUGCAUUCCCAACCUGCAUUUAAUAAUAAUAAUAAUAAUAAUAAUAAUAAUAAUAAUAAUAAUAAUAAAUUUUAUUUAUAUCCCGCCCUCCCCAGCCAAGACCAGGCUCAGGGCGGCUAACAGCAGGUAUAAAAACAAUUGAUUGAAAUACAACUUAAAAACAAGAUUAAAAUACAACAUUAAAAUGCAGCCUCAUUUCAGUAGAAACUCAAAUCAAAAACUUUUUUGGGGAUGAAAACGUCAAAUCUUCACCAAGGCCAACUAUCCAGACUGGUCCUACGUGGGCCAGAAAAAAGCCAGGGAAGUCCCCAAAUAGGAGUUACAUCACAGAAGAGGAAAGGAAAAAGGAAAGAGGGGAAGGGGAUCAAGUUGAUUCCAAGCCAAAGGCCAGGCGGAACAACUCUGUCUUACAGGCCCUGCGGAAAGAAAUCAGAUCCUGCAGGGCCCUGGUCUCAUGAGCCAGAGCACUCCACCAGGCCGGGGCCAGCGUUGAAAAGGCCCUGGCUCUGGUUGAGGCUAAUCUGACUUCCUUAGGGCCCGGGACCUCUAGGGUGUUGCUAUUUAUGGACCUUAAGGUCCUCCGCGGGGCAUACUGGGAGAGGCAUUCCCGUAGGUACGAGGGUCCUAGACUCGAACCCAUGGCUUCACGUUGCAAGAAAGGAGAUUCCAGCUAAACAUCAGGAAGAACUUUCUGACAGUAAGAGCUGUUCGACAGUGGAACGGACUCCUCCGGGAGGUUGUGGACUCCCCUUCCUUGGAGGUUUUUAAGCAGAGGUUGGGGGGGGGUCAUCUGUCAUGGAUGCUUUAGCUGAAAUUCCCGCAUUAAAGGAGGCCUAGCUGCCAGCUCCCCGGAUGCCCGGCACCCACAAAAUUCCCCAUGAAUGGGGCCGGGCACCCACAAAUUUCAGUGCCAGGGCCAUGCACGCCCAUGGCCCCAGGCACCCAUGGUUGCGGGGCCAAGCUGGCUCUCCUGGCAGGGGGUUGGACUAGAUGGCCCUUGGCGUCCCUUCACAGCUGUCAACUUUUCCCUUUUCUUGCGAGGAAUCCUAUUUGGAAUAAGGGAAUUUAAAAAAAGGAAACGUUGGCAGCUAUGGGACCCUUCCAACUCUAUGAUUCUAUGCCACACCAGAAAAACACCGCAGACCUGCAACUUUCGCGGGAUUUACCUACACGAUUGCAGCGUUGUGCGAGUAAGCUGGCAGCGACCAUGUCAUGCCUGUUGAGGCCUCCCUGUGGAUAUUGGCACAAGGCGAAAGAGCGGAUUGGUGUGUUUGACCGACCCGUCUCAGGCUUCAAGUUCAUCCGACUCCCAAGCCAGCCCUCACUGCAAACGUGCCGGCUAAGAGGAUUACACGCUUGCAGCAAGGUUGACUCACUAUUUCCAUUUUAAGCACUUCUUCCCCAGGAGUGUUUAGCAUCUCCUCUGCAUUAGGGGGGGCGGGAGCAACAGCUCAGACUUCAGAUAGCAGACACAACCGCUGGGAUGAGACGGGUGUUCUGAAAUGAAAACACAUUCCAGAGUCUAAAAUGCCUCUUGGCAAAAAAAGCACCCUCUCUACCUUCACUCUGCAAAGAACAGGAGGGAUAUAAACAUGUAAGUGAUCUGUUGCACGCACAUACCCCAGAACCCAAAUUCUGCAUUUUAGGUAAUGCAUGCUCUGGGUUGCAUAAACAGCCUUGUCAUUCCCCAGCCCCUGAAUAAAAGGCAGUACAGUACAAUGGCAUCUUACAUGGGGGUUUGGUUCCAGGGGUCCCACAUGUACACAAAAGGCACAUAAUAAUAAUAAUAAUAAUAAUAAUAAUAAUAAUAAUAAUAAUAAUUCAUUAUUUAUACCCCGCCCAUCUGGAUGAGUUUCCCCAGCCACUCUGGGCAGCUUCCAAUCAAGUGUAAAAAACAAUACAGCAUUAAAUAUUAAAAACUUCCCUAAACAGGGCUGCCUUCAGAUGUCUUUUAAAAAGAAGAUAGCUGCUUAUUUCCUUCACAUCUGAAGGGAGGGCGUUCCACAGGGCGGGCGCCACUACCAAGAAGGCCUUCUGUCUGGUUCCCUGUAACCUCACAUCUCGCAGUGAGGGAACCGCCAGAAGGCCCUCGGAGCUGGACCUCAGUGUCCAGGUAGAACAAUGGGGGUGGAGACGCUCCUUCAGGUAUACUGGACCGAGGUCGUUUAGGACUUUAAAGGUCAGCACCAACACUUUGAAUUGUGCUCAGAAACGUACUGGGAGCCAAUGCAGAUCUCUCGGGACUGGUGUUAUGUGGUCCCGGCGGCCAUUCCCAGUCACCAGUCUAGCUGCCGCUUUCUGGAUUAAUUGCAGUUUCCGGGUCACCUUCAAAGGUAGCCCCACGUAGAGCACGUUGCAGUAGUCCAAGCGGGAGAUAACUAGAGCAUGCACCACUCUGGCAGGGUCUCAGCCUGCGUACCAGGUGGAGCUGGUAGACAGCUGCCCUGGACACAGAAUUAACCUGCGCCUCCAUGGACAGCUGUGAAUCCAAAAUGACUCCCAGGCUGCGCACCUGGUCCUUCAGGGGCAGUUGCCCCAUUCAGGACCAGGGAGCCCCUCACAUACUUGAACUGUCCCUUCACAAGGAUACUUGCCCUUCUGGAGCUGGCGUGCUGAGUGUGCCUUGCCCAAAAGCAAGGAAGAGAUCUUCAAAGCCAUCCUUUUGCUCUCUGCCUUGCUCACCUGGUAUGGCUUGCUCAGCGCACCAUCUCUGGGAUGCUCUUGUGAGAUCUCGUGCGACUGUGCCCAUUCUUCCAGAGCCGGCAUGCCAAGAGGGCUUUGCACGGCAAGCAAGGCAGAUAAGCUCUUUCCACACUGGGGGAAAAAACCUUACGUGCAUUUAACUUGUGCAGUUUUAACCAGCCGAAACUGCGCGAUAAAUAAAUAAAGCCGCUUGCUUCCCCAAAAGUAACGCUGUUGAGAAUUGCAAACAUUUAUUUACACGCUGAAAGCCUUGCUAUGUUGUUGUUGUUGUUGUUUAGUCAUUUAGUCGUGUCUGACUCUUCAUGACCCCCUGGACCAGAGUACGCCAGGCACUUCUGUCUUCCACUGCCUCCCGCAGCUUGCUCAAACUCAUGCUGGUAGCUUCGACAACACUAUCCAACCAUCUCAUCCUCUGUCGUCCCCUUCUCCUUGUGCCCUCCAUCUUUCCCAACAUCAGGGUCUUUUCCAGGGAGUUGAGUCUUCUUAUGAGGUGGCCAAAGCCUUGGAACCUCAGCUUCAGGAUCUGUCCUUCCAGUGAGCACUCAGGGCUGAUUUCCUUCAGAAUCGAUAGGUUUGCAGUCCAUGGGACUCUCAAGAGUCUCCUCCAGCACCAAAGACGCUCGUAUUUGUGACUUUAGAAAAAGGGAGGUAUGCUGGAGAAGACUUCAGCUGCUCUUUUAAAGGAAAGGAGAAGAACCUCUGGGAAGAGGUCCUCCCUAAGACGGGUAGUUGAGGACUUGCGGCCCUCUGGGUGGUUCUGAACUACAACUCCCAUAAUUCCUGCCUAUCAGAGGCAUUGGCUGGGGUCGUACAGUAAGCCUGCAAGUGCACGCAUUUAACUUGUGCGCAUUUAUCUCAGUGAAGACCUUACUUGGAAGAUCAAUACAACCCAGCUGUUUAAGAAAGCCCAACACAGACUCCACCUCCUCAGAGUAUUGCGGAAGAACAAUGUCAAUCAACAUUUGAUGAUCUCCUUCUACCGCUCCACAAUAGAAAGUGUCCUUUCCUACUGCAUCACGGUGUGGUACGCUGGUUUGACAUCAACUGAUAGGAAGUGUUUACAGAGGGCGGUGAAUACAGCACAAGAUAUUAUGGGCUGUCCCGUGAAUCCGCUGGAUGAAAUAGCGCAAGAAGGUUGCCUCAGGAGAGUGAGGAAAAUUCUCAGGGAUGAUUCACACCCUGGCCGGCACUUUCUUGAUCUCCUGCCCUCGGGCAGAAGAUAUAGAAGCACGAUUAGUCGCACCAACAGGGUAAAGCACAGCUUCUAUCCGUGGGCUGUUAGGCCGCUAAAUGAAAAGAUAACAACAGGGCAACUGACUUUUGGGUUUGGUGGGUGUGCGUCAGUAAAUGAGGUGAAUUAAGACUAAGAGAGCUGAGUGGGGGGUGCUCGUGUAAUCUCACUGUAUACAAGUUGUAGAAGUGACAAUAAAGUAUGACAAUAAAGUAUUUCAAUUUCGCUUGACGCAUGUAGCAGGAAAAAAUAUAUGGAAAGGGUGAUGGUUCUGGGGGGAAUGACUUUGGCAGUCAGUCCCACUUGCCAUGUGUUUUGAGUGCAUGCUGUUUUGGCUUUAGGUGGCAUCCCCAGAACGUAACCCCCGCAUAACUUGCAGGCUUGCUCCAGUUGGAAGCAUCUGGAGGCCACUGGGAUUUGGGAAGGCUGUGUCUAGUCGUCUCUGGUCCACCGUUAUUUCGCCUAGCAAACCUGAGAUUCCCAGCCAGGCGCAAUUAACACCCAGCGCCCCUUCUCUCUCUCGGCAGGUGGUGGCAAAGAGAGGGAAGGACUACAUCCUGAAGCACAUUCCCAUCAUGCACAAGGACCAGUGCGCCCUGACAGCCUCUGAGGCCCAUCUGAAGUACAUCAAGGAAGCUGUCCGCCUCGAUGACGUGGCCGUGCAUUAUUAUAGAUUGUAUAAGGUACGGGGGAGGCAGAAUCGAAUGGGUCCAGUUAGGCAAGGCAAGAGCCGCUGAUCAGUUUGUGUCUUCCAUUUGGAAAGGCGAAAAAAAUUUCGUGUCCCUGGUCAUUAUUCUCCCUCCCCCUCCUGGCCCCAAAACAAUAGGUUUUGACCUAUAAAGCCUUAAACGGCUGAGGACCGCAAUACCUCCAGGACCGCCUAUUUCCAUAUGAAUCUACCUGGACCUUGAGAUCGUCUUCUGAGGUCCUCCUUUGUGUGCCUCCUCCUCAAGAGGUCCGGAGGGUGGCAACACGAGAACGGGGCCUUCUCUGCAGUGGCUCCCCAUCCGUAGGAUGCUCUCGCCAGGGAAGUUUGCCUGGCGCCUUCAUUACACACCAUUAGGUGCCAGGCAAAAAUGUUCCUUUUUAACCAGGCCUUUGGUUGAUCUGUUUGACAUCCUAUACUCUUUUAAAAUGUGGCUCUUUUCGGGGGGGGGGUGUUAAUUGGGUUGUUGUUUUUAUUUUGAUUAUAUAUGUUGUGAUCUUUUCUGUGAACCACCCUGAGACCACCAGGUAUAGGGUGGUAUAUAAACAAUAAUAAUAAUAAUAAUAAUAAUAUAGUCAUACCUCUUGUUACGUUCGGUUCAGGUUACGUCUUUUCAGGUUGUGUCCCGCAGUAACCCGGAAGUACUUCCAGGUUUCACUGCUCGCGCAUGCGCAGGCGCUCAAAAUGACAUCACGAGCAUGCGCAGAAGCAGCGAAUCUCAACACGCGCAGACGCGGGUUGCGUUCCCCUCAUGUUGCGAAUGGGGCUCCGGAACGGAUCCCGUUCGCAACCAGAAGUACCACUGUAAUAAUAAUAAGAAUAACCUCGGGAAAAUUUAGUGCUGCGUUUUCACACGGCUCGUUGAAAAACUGCAACGGUGUGUGUUUGCAACGGCACGCUUCAGAAACAGCUGUAAAGAUAAGUUGCAAGGUCUGAUGACGGAGGCCAUUAUUCAUCCUGGCCACCAGGCUUUAGCCCUCUCUUCUGGAGGACAGCUGCAUUUCAGAGCGGGGGGUGUUGCAAAAUCACAGGGGGUCGUGCUAGAGGACUUGGGGUCCUUUCCAACCCUGCAGUUCUGUGUUUCUGUGAAAAGCUGGGGCGCUAGCAGCAAGCAAACGUCUCCCAGACCAAUCUGGCACUGGACACUAGAGGGCACCCUUAGCUAACCUGAUGCCUUACAGAUGUUUUGAACUACAAUUCCCAUCACCCCCCAGCGAGCACGGCUGGGUAGUAGAGAGGUGCGUCUUUGAGGAUUUACAGCCCCAGAUCCUUCAGGUCUUUAUAAGUAACCAGUGAUAGCUAGAAUUUGGAACGGGAUUGUGAGGGAAGCCAGCAAGGCGUGGCCCUUGUGCUAGCUGGUGCUGAUGGGAGUUGUAGUCUGAAACAUCUGGGUUGAGGAAGGAUGCUCUGUUAAUCCACACACAACCUUGCUCUGAAGAAUCAGGGGCCCCUCUUUUUUCUCCAUGUCUGAACCCUCCUUUUCCCAAGUAAAACAGCCGUUCGCAUUGUGUGUGCGAGGUGAGGGCUUUGUAAAAGGGCAAAAAGAGUCAUUAUCAUUUCUUUCUCGCAGGACAAGAAGGAAAUCGAGGCCUCCCUCACCCUAGGGCUUACCACUCGAGGCAUCCAGAUAUUCCAAGUACGUGCCUCCAAAACAUUACAUACCAUUGAGAUGGCUUCUUGCUUUCCCAGACUUAAGCCGGCUUGCUUUCAGCAGGCUAAACUCUGCAUGGAAUCUGGGAUUUGGAUUUCCGGGGGGGUGGGGGUGAUGAUUCACAGUCCUUCUGAGUUUUGAGGCUUGCCUGAAAGCAGGUAACUCGUCUCCAUGCUGGAGAGUCCAGGUUUUGGAGAGUAGAGCUGCAGAAAGAGAUGGGGAGAGUUUUCUGAAACCUAAGAUGUGCACAGAUGUACCUUUUUAGAAAAGAUGUACCUUUUUAGGAAAAAAAGACCACCAACAUUUCUGCUCCCGUGGGAUAACACACACACACACACACACACACACACACACACAAACACCUUGCAGUCAUUCUCCUGCUUGGCUGCCUGCCUUGAACCUCCCAUUUUAUAUUGUAAAAUUCUGCAAAUGGUAAAUAUAUUCAGCUAUCGUGGCUGCCGGGACGCGGGUGGCGCUAUGGGUUAAACCACAGAGCCUAGGACUUGCUGAUCAGAAGGUUGGUGGUUCGAAUCCCCGCGACGGGGUGAGCUCCCGUUGCUCAGUCCCUGCUCCUGCCAACCUAGCAGUUCGAAAGCACGUCAAAGUGCAAGUAGAUAAAUAGGUACCGCUCCGGCGGGAAGGUAAACGUCGUUUCCGUGCGCUGCUCUGAUUCGCCAGAAGCAGCUUAGUCAUGCUGUCCACAUGACCUGGAAGCUGUACGCCGGCUCCCUCGGCCAAUAAAGCGAGAUGAGCACCGCAACCCCAGAGUCGGCCACGACUGGACCUAAUGGUCAGGGGUCCCUUUACCUUUAUCAUGGCUGCCAGUUCAUUUCUGCACCCAGUUCAAGCUACUCAUACCUGUCUUUAAACCCCUGAGCAACUUAGGCCCCAAAUAGCUGGAAAAACCCCUUCCCUACAGACCCCCUUGGCUGUUAAAAUCAGCAGAAGGGGCUUUCUCGGUAGUCCCACCUCCCUCAGAAAUUCACAGCCGUGGUGGCAGCAGCUUAGGAGAGGGUCUUCUGUGUGGUGGCCCCUAACCUGUGGAAAUUCCUCCCCACGGAGGUGCGUCUUUCAUUGUACGCAGAAGACACAUCCCUGGCGCCUGAGACGUGUCUUUUCAGGGCCUGUUCCUGUGAUUGUAAUCUGCUUUAACUGUUUUUUAGUUUUACAUUGCCAUAACCCACCAUGAGGCAUGCUAGGGAAGGGCAGGUAAUAAAUAUAAUGAUUGUCGUUGUCUCUCUCCUCCCCUUUUCUUCCUUCCCAGAAUGUCAACAGCGAAAGGCAGUUGCUUUAUGACUUCCCUUGGACGAACGUGGGGAAACUCGUGUUUGUGGUGAGUAGGGAGACACCAAAGUCAGAUUCGCUGCUCAGUUCCUCGCGAAUAUUCUGCCUGCGGCACGGAUUUGCACGACGAGUUUUCUUGGGGCGCACGCUUGGGAUAACAGCGUGCAGUUCCAAUCGCUUCACCUCAAAAUGGAGAUUGUACGAAAAGGGUCAAGGGGGAAGGAUGGUGAGGCAAGCUAACAUAUUUUUUUGGAAAGGCUUAGUUUGGCUGGGGGGGAAGACAAGUAAAGUGGGGACACGACCAGAGAGUGUAAUGUGAAGAAAAUACAAAAGAAAGUAUUUCUCUAAACAGCACAUGGUUAUGUGCAAGGGACAUGGGGGGGCGCUGUGGUCUAAACCACUGAGCCUCUUGGGCUUGCCGAUCAGAAGGUCCGUGGUUUGAAUCCCCACAACGGAGUGAGCUCCCGUUGCUCUGUCCCAGCUCCUGCCAGCCUAGCAGUUCAAAAGCACGCCAGCACAAGUAGAUAAAUAGGUACUACUGUGGCGGGAAGGUAAACGGUGUUUCCAGGCGCUCUGGUUUCCAUCACGGUGUCCCGUUGUGCCAGAAGCAGUUUAGUCCUGCUGGCCACAUGACCAGGAAAGCUGUCUGUGGACAAACGCCGGCUCCCUCAGCCUGAAAGCGAGAUGAGCACCACAACCCCAGAGUCGGCCACGAGUGGACCUAAUGGUCAGGGGUCCCUUUACCUUUACCCAGGGUGGAUGGGGCUACCCAGUCAGGUGGGCAGCAAAUUAAUGACAAAUUUGUUAUUAUUAUUAUUAAUCACCGAAUUAGAUGGCUUUAAAAGAGGAUUAGUCAAAUUCAUGGAGGAUAAGACUAUCGGUGGGUACCAGCCCCCAUGGCAAUGUUCUGCUUGCCCUGUUAGAGGCUGGGUGACCCAGGAGAUGGGUUGCUGGGAAUCGCAAGUGGGGAGAUGGAUGCUGUUGUGCUCAGGUGCUGGCAGGGGACUUCCAGGUGGGACAUCCGCAUGACCACCAUGACAACAGGAUGCCGGACGACAAGGGUCUUACGCUGUUACGACACAACACCACCUUGCAGCCUCUUGCAGACUUGCUAAGCUACCACUAACUAACGCAUCAUCAAUUCUAGCAGUGGAGAUAAAACACAGCUUGUAGCCACCAGUGGCCCUCUCCUAUCCCGUGAAUUUCUCUAAUCCUCUUUCUUUUUUUAGGUGCGCAUUAAAAUGAAAUUUUAUUUGCUGACAAUUUGUGCCUUUUGGGGAGGGGGGGAGCCUUUUGCAGCUUCUUCACUUUUUUUUUUUUUAAUAAUUUUUAUUAAAGUUUCAAUAAAAAGUUGAACAGAAAAAACAUAAAAAAGAAAUACACAAAUACGCAAUACAAAUUCCAAAAAAAGAAAACAAAAACAAAAAACAAAAAACAACAAAAAAAGAGACAGAACAAUUAAAAACAAUAUCACCUUUUCAUUUCCCUUUUUUAAAUUUACUUAUUUUCUGGACUUCCUCAUACCUCCCUCUUUUGUAUUCCAGUCCAAAUUGUUCCUUCAGCAAUUUCUUUUCCACUUUUUUAAUCCCAAUCUUUAUUCUUAGUGUAAUAUAGCAUUAAAAAUUUACCUCUUAAGUACCAAAUUUCCCUUUCCUUAAACUUCUUUAAUCCUGAUCUUUAAUCUUCGUCUGUCUUAUAAUUUUAUCCUGUACAGCUGGAAACCACUUAUUUUCAAUCCAACAUCACUCUAACAUUCCUUAAUUUUGCAAUAUUUCUGUAGGUAGUCUUUGAAUUUCUUCCAAUCUUCUUCCAUCGCAGCUUCUUCACUUUGUGCUUGAUGAUUCUGUUUCUCGUUUUCUUGGCCUUCAUGACCUUGUAACGAUCAAAAUCUGACAUCUUGGCUUUCUUCUUCCUUGCUUCGAUUUUUUUGUGUCCAUCUGGUAGUCUUCCGCUUCUUGUUAAUGUUUCCCUUCUCCCAAGCAGCUCUCACAUACUUUUGACAAGGAAACUUGAGAACAGAGUCAGUCAGCUGCAUGCGCUCGAAGGGCGUAGCUUACCUUCUGACACCUCUGCAGGGACCACCUGCUAGUGCCCUGUUCUGAUCAAUAACAUCCACAAUCGCUACCGGCGCUGUGGUCUAAACCACUAAGCCUCUUGGGCUUGCUGAUCAGAAGGUUGGCAGUUCGAAUCCGCACAAUGGGGUGAGCACCUGUUGCUCUGUCCCAGCUUCUGCCAACCUAGCAUUUUGAAAGCAUACUAAUGCAAGCAGAUAAAUAGGUACCACUGCAGCAGGAAAGUAAACGGCGUUUCCAUGUGCUCUGACUUCUGUAACAGUAUCCCGUUGCGUCAGAAGCGGUUUAGUGCUGCUGGCCACAUUACCUGGAAAGCUGUCUGUGGACAAACACCAGCUCCCUCGCCCUGAAAGCGAGAUUAGCGCCGCAACCCUAUAGUCACCUUUGAUUGGACUUAACCAUCAGGGGUCCUUUACCUUUUUUAUGUGCAAGGAUUAAUUCUCCUUCAAGAGAAGGAGGUUUUUAACAUUUGAGGAUUUUGUGUUUGAAUAUUUUGCUGGAAGCCGCCCAGGGUGGCUGGGGAUACCCAGUCAGAUGGGCAGCAAAUAAAUAACAAAUUAUUAUUAUUAUUAUUAUUAUUAUUAUUAUUAUUAUUCACUGAAUUGGAUGGCUUUAAAAGAGGAUUAGACAAAUUCAUGGAGGAUAAGACUGUCGGUGGGUACCAGCCCCCAUAGCGAUGCUCUGCUUGCCCUGUUGGAGGCUGUGUGACCCAGGAGAUGGGUUGCUGGGAAUCACAAGUGGGGAGAUGGAUGCUGUUGUGCUCAGGUGCUGGCAGAAGGCUUCCAGGUGGGACAUGUUUUAAAUAAUUUUUAUUAAGAUUUCAAUAAAAGUUAAACAGAAGAACAUAAAAGUUAAAAUACAAAAACACACAAUACAUAAUCCAAAAAGAAAAAGAAAACACAGAAAACAAAAUACAAAACAAAAACUAAAAACAACAACAACAGAACAAUUAAAAACAAUAUCACUUUUCCAUUUCUGUUUUUGAAUUUACUUAUUUUCUGGACUUCCUCAUACCUCCCUCUUUUGUAUUCCAGUCCAAAUUGUUUGUUCAGCAAUUUCUUUUCCACUUUUUUAAUCCCAAUCUUUAAUCUUAAGAUAAUAUUUAACACUUAAACUUCUUUAAUCCUAAUCUUUAAUCUUAAUGUAAUAUAACAUUAAAUUUUUACCUCUUAAGUACCAAAUUUCCAUUUCCUUAAACAUCUUUAAUCCUAAUCUUUAAUCUUAGUCUAUCAAUAACUUUAACCUGUACAGCUGGAAACCACUUAUUUUCAAUCCAACAUCACUCUAACAUUCCUUAAUUUUGCAAUGUUUCUGAAGAUAAUCUUUGAAUUAUCUUGGUUUUUUGUUGUCAAAGUACACCGCAGAUGUCUGAUCUCUCUGGAGACCUAGAGAUAUGACAAUAGACUGCUCUGCCUCCUUCCUUUUAGCAAAGGGACAUGACCUGGAAAGCUGUCUGUGGGCAAAUGCCAGUUCCCUCAGCCUGUAAGUGAAAUGAGCGCCACAACCCCAUAGUCGCCUUUGACUAGACUUAACCGUCCAGGGGUCCUUUACCUUUACCUGCAGUCGCUACCAGCUUGCCCACAUGUGGUCAAAAGGAAAUAUAGGCAACUCAUCCAAUCUCAACGUAGCGUUUGAACACCAUGAUGGCCACCUGAUGAGCCGACGGUGGCGGGGAGAAAGAAAGAGGUCUAAUCCUCUUUUAAAGUUGGAGGAAGUUCCGUAGUUUGCGCAAAGAACUCCUUUCUUUUAUCUGUCCUGAAUUUUCCAACGUUCAGCUUCAUCAAACAUCCAGGAGUUCCAGUGUUGUGAGAGAGGGAGAAAAACGUUUCUCUGUCCACUUUCUCUGUGCCAUGCAUAGUUUUAUAAACUUCUGUCACGUCGCUUCUCCUUUGCCUUUUUCCUAAACUAAUAAACCCCAAAUGCUGUAACUUUUCCUCUCAGGGGAAUUGCCCAAUCUCUUGGAUCAUCUUGGCUGCCCUUUUAUGAACCUCUCCUAAUUUUACAAUAUCCUUUUUAAGUUGAGGCGACCAGAACUGUAAAGUUUCUGGGUUUUAGUAUUGGACUGGAUCGUCGUUGUUGUUUUUCUGCUGACGCACCUGAGAAGCAGUGCUUUUUAAUUACAGCGUAUUUUAAAUCCCGCAUUUUAACAGUGCCGUGCGGUCUUUGGCAAACUGCUUCGAAGCCACCUUUAACAAAUAAAGAUAAUUUCAAGGCAGCGCCUUAGAGAGGCUGCCUUGCUUUUUUAAAGAUUCAACCCCGCUAGCAAGCUCUGCCGCAGUUUGAUUUGGGGCCUCGCAUAUCCAAAGCCGGUGCUUCUAUUUUUUGUUUUGUUCUUCUUUUACGAGCUCCACUUCCUGGCAAGAAAUAAAAACCCUCUCAAAGCUGCUUGCGAUAAAAUACUGACAGAAUAAUAAAGUGGCAAGAAAUAAAACAGAGCAGCCAAAAGUGUUAAAAAAAACCCAAGUCAGCUCUGCUGAGGCAGGCAGCUGAUAAAAGUCUUCCUUGGAAGACUGAAUUGGCCUUCAAAGGCUGGGGAAGAGCAGGAUUCUUGCAGAGUCUCUCUCAGCAGUGUCUCCCCAAAAGCAGGGGCCACAAGGACCCUUCCCCCCGAGGGCCACAUUCCCCUCUGAAAAGGCAUCUAGGGGCCACAUCCCAGCAGGAGGCAGGGCCAGCAGGAAGAGUGGGUAGAGCAAAAAAUGUACAUUUUUUUGUACUGUAGCUUAGUUCAUCUAUAGCCAUUGGCAGCCCUCUCCUCCACAAAUUUGUCUAAUCCUCUCUUUUUUUUUUAAGACAUAAUUUUUUAUUGAUUUUCACAGGUUUUACAAAUUUACUUAUAUUUCAAUACAGUCGUACCUUGGUUGCUGAACGCCUUGGAACUCGUACAUUUCGGCUCCCGAACAAUCAAAAACCGGAAGUGAGUGUUCCGGUUUUCAAACGAUUUUCAGAAGCCCGAUGUCCGGCGCGGCUUCCGAUUGGCUGCAGGAGCUUUCUGCAGCCAAUGAGAAGCCGUGCUUUGGUUUCUGAACAUUUUGGAAGAUUGCUCGACUUCCGGAACGGAUUCUGUUCGACUUCCAGGGUACAACUGUAUAUGUUUUUCUUAAAAUUGUUGACUCCCCACCCUUACUUCCAUGGUGUUUUUAUUCCACCUUAUACCUACUGUUUUAUAUGACAUACUUUAAUCUAAUACAAAUUAACCUCAAUAAUAAUAAAAAUAUUUAUUUAUACAUACAUACCCCGCACAUCUGACUGGGUUUCCCCAGCCAUUCUGGGAGGCUUCCAACAAAACAUUAAAAAUUACAUUAAAACAUCAGUCAUUAAAAACCUCCCUAAAGAGGGCUGCCUUCAGAUGUCUUCUAAAACUCAGGCAGUUGUUUAUUUCCUUGACAUCUGAUGGGAGGGCGUUCCACAGGGCGGGCGCCACCACCGAGAAGGCCCUCUGCCUCACCAUUGUUUUCAUCCCACUGCUCAUAAUUCGGACGCUGCCCGCAUUUUCAUUUGUCUACGGCAGUUCUUCAAAUAGUCGAGUCCAAGUUGGGGGAUAUCGCUGCAGGAAGGAGUUUCACAGUUUAACUCUGCGCUGCGUACAGAAGUGCUUUCGCUUUUGCAUCCUGAAUCUUACGGCAGCGUCCGGUCUCCAGGCCCCAGCUGACUCCCGAAUGCGCUCCUUUCUCUCCGCAGGGCAAGAGGUUUGAGAUCCUGCCCGACGGCUUGCCCUCUGCCCGCAAGCUCACCUACUACACUGCCUGCCCCUUGCGCUCGCGGCACCUCCUGCAACUCCUGAGCAACAGCCACCGCCUCUACAUGAACCUGCAGCCCGUCCUGCGGCAGAUCAGGAAGCUGGAGGAGAGCGAAGGUAGGAACGGCCCUGUCUCGGCUCUUCUUUGCUUUGGCCUGUGUCUCUCGCCUGCCCAGGGUUCUAGUCCACAAGGUUUUGAGCAGCCAGGAGAACAGGAAGCUGACGUCUACUGAGUUUAAAAGUGCAGCUGUGGGAGUAGAAGCCACCGUGACCCCUUUUCUAGGGAUGGGGGGACAUGGAGGAGCUGUGAGAUUAUGGGGGGUGGGCUUGCUUGAGUUGUAAAGGGAAAUAAAGGUAAAAAGUAAAGGGACUCGGGUGGCGCUGUGGUCUAAACUCCUGAGCCUCUUGGGCUUGCCACCAGAAGGUUGGCAGUUUGAAUCCCCGCAAUACUGUGAGCUCCUGUUGCUCUGUCCCAGCUCCUGCCAACUUAAUAAUAAUAAUAAUAAAUUUUAUUUAUACCCCGCCCUCUCCAGCCAAGAUCGGGCUCAGGGCGGCGAACACCCAAUAUAAAACCAAAUUGAUUGAAAUACAACUUAAAAACAAGAUUAAAAUAUAACAUUAAAACAUUUAAAAUACAGCCUCAUUCCAGUGGAAACUCAAAUCAAAAACUUUUUUGGGGAUGAAAACGUCAAGUCUUCACCAAGGCUAACUAUCCAGACUGGUCCUACAUGGGACAGAAUAAAGCCAAGGAAGUCCUUAGCAGUGUGAAAGCACGCCAGUGCAAGUAGAUAAAUAGGUACCAUUGCAGCAGGGAAUCAAAUUGAUUCCAAUUGAUAACCCAGUUGGCGGCUGGAGAAAGAGAGGGGUGUGGUGCUGUGUCUCUCCCCUGACUCUCCCCGGCUUUCCUCCCCAGAGAAGAAACAGUACCGCGAGUCCUAUAUCAGCGACCUGGAGAUGGACCAGAUGGAGAAACGUUCCCGCGCGAGCGGCAGCAGCUCCGGGAGCAUGAAGCACAAAUGCCUCUCCCGCCUCUCGACUGCCAGCCACAGCAGCUCGCACACGUCGGGAAUCGAGGCUGACCCCAAGCCCAGGGGCGAGCAGGGGGGCGAGGAUGACUUCCUGCUGCCCUCUGCCCACCACAAACUGAGGGCCUGCAGCUCCCUGACCAGCCACGGCAGCUCCCACACUUCGGGCGUGGAGAGCAGCGAGAAGGAGCGCCUGGAGGAAGAAGACUCCUCCCAGGAGGACGGUAAGUCCGGCAGCAAGGGCAGCGCCGAGCCUGCGGGGCGGGCCCCUCCCUUUGGGGACGGAUGGGCUGGUUGUAUUUCCACGCUGUAGUUCGCUCAGCCGAACGCCCACAAAAAAAGCACGUAGGGCAUAGGAUGUAAAUCAGAUCACCCAAAGGCCUGAUUAAAAAGGAACGUUUUUGCCUGGCGCCUAAAGGUGUGUAAUGAAGGCGCCAGGCGAACUUCCCUGGGGAGAGCUUUCCACAGACAGGGAGCCACUGCAGAGAAGGCCCCGUUCUCGUGUUGCCACCUUCCAGACCUCUCGAUGAGGGAGCAUACGAAGAAGGGCCUCAGAUGAUGUUCUCAGGGUCCAGGCAGGUUCAUAUGGAAAGAGGCGGUCCUUGAGGUAUUGGGGUCCUGAGCCGUUUAAGGCUUUAUAGGUCAAAACCAGCACUUGGAAUUGGGCCUGGAAACAGAUUGGUAGCCAGUGCAGUCGGACCAGGAUCAGUGUAAAAUGCUCAAACCAUCUUGCUCCGGUGAGCAACCUGGCCAUUGAAUUCUGCACCAGCUGAAGUUUCCGAACCGUCUUCAGAGGCAGCCCUACGUGAAAUGCAUUGCAGAAAUCUAACUUUGAGGUUACCAGAGCACAGACAACAGUAGUUAGGCUAUCCCUGUCCAGAUAGGGGCGUAGCUGGGCCACCAGCCAAAACUGAUGGAAGGUCACCUGAGGCCACCUGAGCCUCGAGCGACAGCAAAGGAUCCAGGAGUUCCCCCAGGUUGCGAACUUGCUCCUUCAGAGGAAGUGUAACCCCAUAACAGAACAUCACAAAUCGUAUCGUAAGACCUUUAUUGGCAUCACAUACAACAUCCAAAACAAAUCAAUACAGAAUUUCCACUUCCCCAGUGGCACAAAACAUUUGCUAAAAGGAAGGAGGCAGAGCAGUCUAUUGUCAUAUCUCUAGGUCUCCAGAGAGAUCAGACAUCUGCAGUGUAUUUUGACAACAAAAAACCAAAUAGAGAUAUUUAGCCACUAACUUGGUGAGCUCCUGAUGAUUCCCCAGUAAUAGAAAAUGUAUGACCUCUGACUCUGGUUUCCAGUUGGGGAUGCAGAGUUGAUCUAGAAAUUGCUGGCGGAGACCAGCAUAUAGUUUACAAUGAAGAACCAGAUGUGUGAGGGUUUCCACCAGGUGGUCUUCACCUGGGCAAGUUCUUUCUCCUUCCACCCUGCCUGAGAACCUUCCCCAAAGGAAGUUUGAUGGGUUUGAAUUAAACCUGGCCAGCGAAAAUGCCCUUCUUUCUUGAGGGUUAAGCAGAAAUUCAAGCUAAUGAUGGUUAGUUUCAUGUGCCCAAGAAAGUUGAAAAUAAAGAGGGGAACAUGUUUUCUCUGCUGCUACUGUUAGUUCUUGGCUUUCAGUUACCGAACAUCACGUUCUUGUCUCCAUUACCGAACAUCACAAAUGCAGAAUAAACCCUAUAGGAUUGUUGACAAGUGAUCAGUGAAACAAUUGCAAUCUAUGGUCAACGAAGAAACAACUAAAAAUGGGGAAAGGGUUAAGCACCCCUCCAACUGCAGUUUCUUGGUUUCUGGCUGCAGCCUUGCACCUCUUUUCAGUUUUUGGAAAGAUCGCAGUCACGUUUCUUGUCUGCUUUGACACAAAAGCAUCUGCAAAUACGGUACAAUGAAAAUGUCUUUGUUUUUCCAAAGCCCACAUGUAUGAGGGUGGGCAGGAACCGUAUUUAGGUUCAGUGCAGCCCUAAGCUACUGAAGGUAAUGGGGCCCUUUAUAUGUCCAACUGUCCUUUGUCAACAACAAAUUGUCACUGUUUUUUGUGUUGAAUAUAUGCUAUAUGGUCAUUUAUGGACCCAAUAGGUUUCUAAAGCCAUUUGCACAUGUUGCCCUGCAACCAGUCCAUGCAGAAUGUAGGCACCAUAUAUAUAGAAAUGAGCAAACCAGUGAUAUUUUAGGGAGCAGGCUAGCAGGCGGGGCCCAUGACUUACAUCAUAGGAGCCUACACAACAUAAAACACUGUAGGUUUUAUUUUAAUUGGUUUUUAUCUUAUAGUUUGGAAAUGUACAUCCAGGUUUUUUUCCUUUAAAUUUUUUGGGGGGCCUCCAAGAGAGUGGGGCCCUAAGCUAUAGUUUGUUCAGCUUAUACAGUCAUACCUCAGGUUACAGCCGCUUCAGGUUGUGUUUUUUCAGGUUACAGACCGCCGAAACCCUGAAGUACCGGAAUGGGUUACUUCCGGGUUUCGGCGGUCGCGCAUGCGCAGGAGCGCUAAAUCACAAUUUGUGCAUGUGCAGAAGCGCCGAAUUGCAACCCAUGCGUGCGCAGACACGGGUUGCAAACGUUGCAGGUUGCAAGCGUGCAUCCCACACGGAUCACGUUCGCAACCCAAGCGUCCACUGUACGUAAAUCCUGGAUGGGGGAAUCCCAAGGUCCUCUGCAUGGGGGAUGAGACGAUGCUCUGCUGUGUCCUCCGUGCUCUUCCCUGUACUGCAGCCUCCCUUUCCCACUCCCAUCUCACACCCCUCCAUCUUUGGUUCAGAAAUAGAGAUGCUGGUCGAUGACCCCCGAGACCUCGAGCCCACGAGCGAAAGGUCCCUGGACGACGUGAGUCCCGACGUCUGCAUUUACAUCACCGAAGACAUGCUCAUGGCCAGGAAGUUCAACGGGCACUCAGGUAAACCUCCCAGGAGCUCGGCAUAAGCAAGGAAGCGAUUAAUAACAACAACAACAGCAAUUUAUUAUUUGUACCCCGCCCAUCUGGCUGGGUUGCACCAGCCACUCUGGGCGGCUUCCAACAGAAUAUUAAAAUACAAUAAUCUAUUAAACAUUAAAAAGGGAUGCGGGUGGUGCUGUGGGCUAAACCACAGAGCCUAGGACUUGCCGAUCAGAAGAUCGGCGGUUCGAAUCCCCGCGACAGGGUGAGCUCCCGUUGCUCAGUCCCUGCUCCUGCCAACCUAGCAGUUCGAAAGCACGUCAAAGUGCAAGUAGAUAAAUAGGUACCGCUCCGGCGGGAAGGUAAACGGCGUUUCCGUGCGCUGCUCUGGUUCGCCAGAAGCGGCUUAGUCAUGCUGGCCACGUGACCCGGAAGCUGUACGCCGGCUCCCUCGGCCAAUAAAGCGAGAUGAGCGCCACAACCCCAGAGUCAGCCACGACUGGACCUAAUGGUCAGGGGUUCCUUUACCUUUACCUUUUUAUUAAACAUUAAAAGCUUCCCUAAAGAGGGCUGCCUUCAGAUGUCUUCUAAAAGUCUGGUAGUUGUUUAUUUCCUUGACAUCUGGUGGGAGGGCGUUCCACAGGGCGGGUGCCACCACCGAGAAGGCCCUCUGCCUGGUUCCCUGUAACUUGGCUUCUCACAGCGAGGGAACCGCCAGAAGGCCCUCGGCGCUGGAGGCUCGGCAGUAGAGUGUCUGCUUUGCACACAGAAAGUCUAGGGUUCGUGGAAGGGACCCCCGAGGGUUAUCCAAUCCACCUCCUUGCAGUGCAGGAAUCUCAGCUAAAUCUCAGAAUCGCUCCCUGCCCGGCAGCGUCUCCAGAAAAGACUCGUGUCUGGAAACCCCAGAGUGCCGUGACUCAAAAUCAGGCAGCUUCCUAUUUGAAUCAGCUCCUUCUUCAGAACAUCUUCAGGUGGCGAUGGGAAACACUUCCUGCCCCUAAAGCCCAGGGAGGAUGAAAUUUAAAGGAUAUUUAGUUAAAUAUGCUAAGAUAAUUUAAAUAGAAAUACUUGCAAAUACCAGAUUGGCCUAGGAUUUAAACAUGUGAUUUUAUAUAAUAAUAUGUUUAAAGUUUAUAUGAAAAUAAGUUAAUUGACUUAAGUAAAUUUUAUGAGAAAUUAGUCUUGGAAAACUGUUACAAUGAUAUACAUGGAAAUUCAGCCAGGGGGAUUUGAGGAAGUCACCUAACAAUGUUAAUAAUAGUGGAAUAAUUACAGUUAAGAUUUAUGUGUGUUUGUUUGUUUAUAAAUUUGGAAAAUCAAUUUUAAAAAUUUGCAAAUAAAUAAAGCCCAGGGGAACUGCUGCCAGUCAGUGUGGGUAAUGAUGAGCAUUUGGCAAUAGCCUCGGCUUGAUCAACUCCUGCCCAGAAACCAAUGUCCCCACUGUGGAAGGACGUGUGGAUCCAGAUUUGGCCUCCACUGUCACUUAUGGACUCAUUGUUAAAACCGUGUCUAUGGAAGACAAUCUUACUCGGCUACAAGUGUUGGCCAAAAAAAGAAUACUGAGCUAGAUGGACCAAGAAUCUGUCUUGGUAUGAGAAUAAUAAUAAUAAUAAUAAUGAUAAUAAUAAUAAUAAUAAUAAUAAUAAUAAUAAUAAUAAUAAAUAAUAAUUUAUUUAUACCCCACCCAUCUGGCUGAGUUUCCCCAGCCACUCUGGGCAGCUCCCAAUCAAAUGUUAAAAACAGUACAGCAUUACAUAUUAAAAACUUCCCUGAACAGGGCUGCCUUCAGAUGUCUUCUGAAUGUCAGGUAGUUGUUUAUCUCUUUGACAUCUGAAGGGAUGGCGUUCCACAGGGCGGGUGCCACCACCAAGAAGGCCCUCUGCCUGGUUCCCUGUAGCCUUACUUCUCGCAAUGAGGGAACCGCCAGAAGGCCCUCGGCGCUGGAUCUCAGUGUCCGGGCUGAAUGAUGGGGGUGGAGACGCUCCUUCAGAUAUACGGGACCGAGGCUGUUUAGAGAAAGUUUCCUACAUUCUUAAAUAUCACAGAAUCACAUAUUUGUAGAUUUGGAAAGGGACCACAGGGGUCAUAAAUUCCAAGCCCCUGCAAUGCAAGAAUAUUUCUCCCCACCCGAGACUCGAACCCACAACCCUGAGAUUAAGGGUCUGCCGACUGAGCUAUCCAUCAGAAAUCAAAUAAACAUCUUUGAUUUCUUCUGAGAAACCCUGCCAAGCUAUCGAAGAAAUAAUACACAGGUGAGGUUGUAUCCGGCUAUGCCAUGCUCAACAAAGGAGAAUCGUAGAAUUGCAAAGUUGGAAAGGGGUACUAGGGGUCAUCUAGUCCAACCCGCCCUCCCAGCAAUGCAGGAAUCUGAACAUAGUGCACUGCUCAGCAAAAUUCAUUAAACAGGGAUAAAUAACCAAUCCGUGCCGAGUUGAGAUUUCCCAGGAAAAAUAAGUAAUAAGCAAGAGCUACAUAAUCUCACCAUCCAUUUGAACUGUAAUGGCUACAGUCAGUUUAAUCAAUACCCUGAAACUGAAACUGAAAUUGUGUUUUGUCUUAAAAAGCUAUCGGAUGAUAAAAGAGUGGACGGGGUCUAAUAUCACAUUGGCACUUCUUGUUCCAAGGCGUGAUAAAUGUGGACCGUCUCUGCACAAAAUGGUUUUCGGGGAUAUAUUACCAGUUCUGUCUCUUGAGCCACGUUCGCCCAUUCCCACAUUCUGAAAAAGCAGGCAGAUGGUGGCAAAGCAAUUGGAUUUUUCCAUUACGCUAAAAAGCAGGCUUCUGAUGUACUGUUCCCUAAGGGGUGCUUAGCGGUUCUGUUAAGAACUGGGCCGCCCUUGAAUAAUGACGAACCUCGGCUCUUUGCUUUCUUGUUUCCAACACAGGAUUAGUCGUCAAAGAAGUCAGUUCGUCCACUUCCAGCUCUUCGGAGACCGUGGUCAAGCUUCGUGGCCAAAGCAUUGAUUCAUUGCCCCAGGUUCGUAAGUUCUGCACGAGUCCAUAAAGUUCUGCAUCCGAGGCCAUAAAACCAUAGAAUUGUGGAGUCUCUAGUGCAGGGGUCAGCACACUUUUUCAGCAGGGGGCCGGUCCACUGUCCCUCAGACAUUGUGGGGGGCCGGACUUUAUUUUUUGGGUGGGGGAAUGAACAAAUUCCUAUGCCCCACAAAUAACCCACAGAUGCAUUUUAAAUAAAAGCACACAUUCUACUCCUGUAAAAACACCAGGCAGGCCCCAUAAAUAACCCAAAGAUGCAUUUUAAAUAAAAGGAUGCUUUCUACUCAUGUAAAAACACGCUGAUUCCUGAACCGUCCGCAGGACGGAUUUAGAAGGCAGUUGUGCCGGAUCCGGCCCCUGGGCCUUAGUUUGCCUACCCCUGCUCUAGUGCAGGGAUGUCAAACAGGUAGAUCAUGAUCUAUUGGUAGAUCACAGGGUGUCUGUGGUAGAUCGCUGGACCCUCCCCCCACCCCACAAAAGCUCAACAACUUUGGUAGAUCACUGCCAGUUUUUUUUAAUAGUGGGAGCAGAUUUCAGUCUCUUGAAAGCUGCCUGCUCUAGGGUUUCCUUAAGCUAGUGGUUUUCAGCCCGUGCGCCGUGGCACCUUGGGGUGCCUUGAAGGAUGGUCAGGGGUGCCGUGAGCAAGACUGGCCUCUUUCCUUCCCUCCCUCCUCUGAUGCCCUCUUGCGUCUCUGCCUCCCGAAGGCUUGCAGGGCUGUUUGAGUUUUUUAAAUUUUUUAUUAGUUUUUAUUAAAUAUUACAAGCAAAGAAAAAGAAAAAAGAAAUAGAAACAAAAAUCAAUACAUAACACGCAGACUAGAAAAGAAAAGAGACGAAAGCUAAAAGAAAAGAAAAAAAAAUACUUUUCAUAAUCAAUAAUGCCAAAUUUAUACUUCGAACAUUACUAUAUAUAUAUAUAUAUAUCCUAGUUAAAAUAUUCUAAAAGACUUCCACCGCAUUCACCACACGUCUCUUAGUUUCUACUUCACCUUUACACCUGUUCUUCAGUCACUCCUUUUUCUCGAGUUCUUUCAUAGUCCAUCAAAUCUUUGUGUUCUCUAUAUUCUUCACAAGGUUAGUCUAAGCACAACCAAACUUUCGUAUUUGAGGCUUGCAGGGCUGUUUGUUGCCGCAGCAGCCCUGGCUGCAAGCUCCCCAGGCGAAUGGUGCCUCUGGGGCUGGCCAGGGGGUGCUGCUUGCCAGCAGCUAAAGCAGCCUUAGAGUAAGCAAAGGAGGGAGGGAGCCCAGCCAGCCAGUCCGCCAUCCCUUGCUGUUGGGAAUGGACGGACAAGUCCCAGGCCUCUGUGGGGGAGUGUGAGGAGGCACCUCUCUUUGGGGAUGCUCAGAGACCAGGGGCGGCGGCAGCAGCUGCCCAGAGGACUCCCAAGGAGAGGGGAGAGGAGAGGAGGUGGAGGGAACCCUCCACAAGGGAGGGUGUUCGAAAAGGGGUGAGGGGCUGCCAGUUCUGCAGGCAAGGGGGGGAAUCUAACUGGGCUCCUGAGCCCCACAAGGGAGCCACAGAAAGAAUGUAGUUGGUCAAGGGAGCCGUGGACUCCAAAAGGUUGACAGCUUCUGCCUGAAACCCUUCGAUGGUUAUAUUUUCUGAGAAUCCUCCGGAAAAAUAAUCUCUCAAAGGACCUGUUGAUGGCAUUAUACCAUUGUACUGUUGAGAGUGUAUUAACUUAUGGUCUCUGUGUGUGGUUUGGGAGCUGCACGGUCAGGGAAAAACCAAUGCUGUCCAGGGUUGUAAAGAUGGCGGAGAGAAUAAUUGGGUGCACUCUUCCCACCUUGGAUCAAAUCUAUGCUUCCGAGUGUCAUAAGAAAGCUGCAGAGAUAGCGCAGGAUAGUGCGCACCCCGGAAAUGAUCUCUUUCAGCUUCUGCCUUCUGGAAGAAGGUACAGGGUUAUAAAGACUAGGACUAGCCGCCUGAGAAACAGUUUUUAUCCAAAUGCGAUUUUGGUUUUGAACGCAGUGUAAGGUAGUCUCUAUGGGAGUAUAUUGUAUUUAAUUAUGGGGUAUCAUCAGUUUUAUUGGGACGCGGGUGGUGCUGUGGGUUAAACCACAGAGCCUAGGGCUUGCUGAUCAUAAGGUCGGCAGUUCGAAUCCCCGUGACGGGGUGAGCUCCCGUUGCUCGGUCCCUGCUCCUGCCAACCUAGCAGUUUGAAAGCACGUCAAAGUGCAAGUAGAUAAAUAGGUACCGCUCCGGCGGGAAGGUAAACGGCGUUUCCGUGCGCUGCUCUGGUUCGCCAGAAGCGGCUUAGUCCUGCUGGCCACAUGACUGGAAGCUGUAUGCCGGCUCCCUCGGCCAAUAAAGCGAGAUGAGCGCCGCAACCCCAGAGUCGGCCACGACUGGACCUAAUGGUCAGGGGUCCCUUUACCUUUAAGGUAGUCUCUGUGGGAGUAUAUUGUAUUUAAUUAUGGGGUAUCAGAGUUUUUAGGGGGCUAACCAGGCUGGGAUAGCAGGCUUGUUGGUUUUUGAAGUUCUGAUGCGGAUUUUUUUCAGUUUCCUUGUUCUGUAUGGGACAAUGACAAUAAAGAUGAUUGUUUCCUGUUUCCUGCAGACGGCCUGCCGGAAGCCAAAGACCUCCACUGACCGACACAGCUUGAGCUUGGACGACAUCCGGCUCUACCAAAAGGACUUCCUGCGACUGGCCAGCCUCUGCCAGGAGACAGCCCAGAGCUACACCUUCGGCUGUGGCCACGGACUGGCCGAAGAGGGCCUCUACUGCAACGGCUGCUUAGCGCAGCAAUGCAUCAACAUUCACGACACUUUCCCCGUCAAGAGGACCAGCAAGUACUUCUCUCUGGAUCUCGCCCACGAAGAAGUCCCGGAGUUUGUCGUCUGA